CAACGUUAGCGUUUUUUCGUUUUGGUUGCUUAAUCCGGAAGCAGAAGAAUUAGGGUUUUUCUCCCCAAAUUGCCUAAUCAUUUUCUCGAUUUUUUUGUAUGUUGAAGAAUAGGAUCUUCACUCGAAGUUUCUUCUGUCAGUUUAGAGAUUUCCGUGCUGAUAUGCGAGCAAGUAGUUGAAUCUUCAUAGCAAUUUUUCUAGUUGAGAACAAAUGGAUAGAAGGCCUCCACACGAUUAUGCUGCGGCCUCUGGAAUGUCAUAUGCCCAGCAGCAGCAGCAGCAGCAAGUUCCAAGCUUUCAGCAACAGCAAGAACAAUUCGGGUUUCAAAUGCAACUUCAACAAUACCCGUCUCCAAUGCACGGUUCCCCUUUCAUGCCUCCUCACCCUUCUAUGCAGCAGCAGUUCCCUUACCAUCACCCGAUGCAACAGCAGCCGCCUCAGCUUCUUCCCCGUCCUCCUCUCCAGCAAAUGUAUGGUCAACAGCCACCACGGGCUUUCCCUCCGCAUUUGCCUCCUCAUCUUGUUCCUUCGCCAUUCCUUGGAGCAUAUGACUCGGCUCCUCCUCCACCAGCUCCUCCUCCGUCCGAGCCAGAGCUGCAGAAGCGGAUUGAUAAACUUAUCGAGUAUUCUGUAAAGAAUGGUCCAGAGUUUGAGGCAAUGAUACGUGAGAAACAGAAGGAUAAUCCUGACUAUGCGUUCCUGUUUGGGGGUGAGGGGCAUGGUUACUACCAUUACAAGCUCUUCUUGUCUAUGCAUCCCCCUGGUGGGCCAUUCAAUCCUCCAUUUCCGCCAUCUUCCAUGCCGAUGAUGCAUCCUCCACCUAAUCCCAUGACGAAUCCUUCGAUGAAUGCUGGACCUGGUGCAUUAGUUGCUCCACAGCUCCACCAACCUCCUUUCCCACCAUUCCAUGACCAGCAGCAGCUUCAGCAUCCACAUCGUUUUCCGCCUCAUGCUCAUCCUGAUUUUGAUCAAUCAACUCAUGCCUUUAGAGGUCUUUCUGGCCCACUCCCUUCCGAUGUUUCCAUGGAGCUGAAUAAUGUUCUUGUCAACCUUAAUGGCACAAAAGAAUCUAUAAAGAGUGCCAAGAUUUGGUUCAUGCAGAGAUCUCCCUUUGCACCAGCUUUAGCAGAGGCACUUAGAGAGAGGGUUUUUGCAAUGGAUGAUUCUGAGAGACAGAUGCACAUAGUUUACCUGGCCAAUGACAUUCUAUUUGACCGUUUGCAGCGCAGGACAAAUUUGCAUGAGCUUGACAGUGAAGCCCUUGCUUUUAGACCAAUCUUGGGUUCCAUGCUCGGGAGGAUUUACCACAACCCACAAAACAAGGAAGAAAACCAAUCACGACUGGAGAAGAUUUUGGAGUUCUGGGGCUCUAAGGAGGUUUAUGAUCCAGAUACUAUUUCCUCCCUUAAGAGAGAGAUGAAAAGUGGACCAGCCAUUGAUGCAGCAAACUCACUGCAACAUACAGGAAUUAUGCAACAGCCACCAAACUACAUUCCACAAUGGCAACCCGAUAAGGAGGGGGGUGUUGCAAGUGCGGUGGAACAAGAACAUCAUAUUCCUCCUGUACUGACCCAGAAAUUUGUUCCAAAUGCUGUACCUCCUGGAGCCUUUAGUGGGUCCAUACCGGUAAACCCUUCUGUUCAGCUCACAGCCCAGCAGCCACCAGCUGCACCAGUUGCCGGCGAGAAGCCGCCCCCUUAUCCUCUCUUCCCUCCUGGUCUUAUCCCUGGAAUGGUCAGAAAAAUGCAGAUUGGCAGCGGUGUCCCUUACUCUCCUCUGAGCCCUUUGGAUAUCCCGACCGUCAUUCCUCCAUCAGAUGUACCUCAAACGGAAAUACUCAAGAGUGUGUCAAAGUUUUUCAAAGAGAUAGGUGAGGUAAACCCGAGUGAAGGGCCCAUGGGAUCAGAAACACGAGAUGAGUACGAGGAUUAUGAGAGGGAGAGCCCCCCACGAAAGGGAGGGGCUUGCAUUCCUCCACCUCCCAACCUUCAGGUGGAUCCCGAGACCGGAACUUACGCAGAUGGAAGCGUUGUUGAGAGGAAAGGUGGGUCAGGAAGACUCGGGCUCGGGGCAACAGCCGAUCCCAAUGAACCAACCCAGUACGACGAUGUUUACACUUCUUACAGGAAGCAGAGAAGUACUAACUAUCACUCUUCCAUGAGUGUCAGAUCUGCUACCAAAUGAGUAAAAAAAACUCAACUGUUAUUAUAUCCAAUGUGGUUUCAGUGUCUUGUCUUGUUGGAUGUUUCCCCAAUGAACAAUCAAAGUAAUUAGGGCUCGGAACGUUUCAUUGUUCUUCUCCUUGGACUAUGAGAACUCAGUUUUUUGAAGCUAAUGCCAUCCCAACUGAAACUUUUUUUAGGUUA